UCCACUCACGCCAGAGCAGCCCAGUUCUUCCCAGCCUCUCCCAGGGCUCCUCGUUCCUUUACUGACCCUCAGACACGCGGAGCACAGAGUCCAGUCGGUCAGCUGCCCAGCCCUUACUCUUACCUCUUCUGACCACUCCAGCAAGCACCAGUCAGCAGCCAGUGGCUAUGGAUGUCUUCUCCUCGUCCCAGGUGUUCUACGACAGCGCAUGCGCCUCCUCGCCUGAGGAGCUGGACUUCGGGCCGAGCGGCGGUGAGAUGGCCGGCUCCGAGGAGGACGAGCACGUGCGGGUGCCCGGCGGCGGGCCGCACCAGCCGGGCCACUGCCUGCAGUGGGCCUGCAAGGCGUGCAAGCGCAAGGCCAGCACGGUGGACCGCCGGCGCGCCGCCACCAUGCGCGAGCGCCGCCGCCUCAAGAAGGUCAACCAUGCCUUCGAGGCGCUGCGCCGCUGCACCUCGGCCAACCCCAGCCAGCGGCUGCCCAAGGUGGAGAUCCUGCGCAACGCCAUCCAGUACAUCGAGAGCCUCCAGGACCUGCUCCACGAGCAGGUGGAGGGCUACUAUGCCCUGCCCAGCGGAGGAGGCGCAGUGGCCGGCGGCGUGGGGGAGAGCGGCUCGGAGCCAGCCAGCCCCUUGUCCAGCUGCUCCGACAGCAUGAUUGACUGCAACAGUCCUGUGUGGCCACAGAUCAAUUCACAUUAUGGAAAUGCAUACAGCUAUGAGGCACAAAGCGUAGCCUCCAUGGAGAGGAUCCCCACCGCGUCCAGUCUCCAGUGCCUGUCCAGCAUCGUGGAUCGGCUCUCGACGGUGGAUGCCGCGGGCCCUCUGGGCGUCAGGGAUACGGUUACCCUCUCGCCCUCCAGCUCCGUCUCCCCUCCUGCUACACCAGACAGCUCCAACGCCAGGCCCGUCUACCACGUGCUUUGAGGGGAGAAGUCUGCCUGUGUAUGUGUAUGUGUGUGUGUGUGUGUGUGUGUGUGGGAGGAGGUGUGUGUGUAUGUGUGUGUGUGUGUGUGUGGGGAGGGGGGGUGGAUUGUAUGACUGAAACCUGGAGGGAAAUUUCUCCAGUCUCAGCUUGCAGACUGCAGCCUGCUAGCCAAACAAGAUGGACAUAACCGAGUCACACGUCCACAUGGAACAAUUUCAGAAGGGGUCAUGUACAAUACAUGACUAAAGAUAGUCAUGGUUUUUGGAUAAUGAAAAAAGUGAAAAAAAUCACACAUCUUAACAUGAAAUGAGCAGUUUCUCGCUAAAAACACUAUUACUGAAAAACUAGUACAUCUUAAAAGUCACUGUAAAUGCCAAAGGUCAGACAGUAGGCCUUCUUCACCCAUGUAUCCUCAUUAAUCUAGGCUGUGUACAUAUAAUUGUAAAUAUGUAUUUUAAAUGGCAAUCAUUUGUAUUCAUUUUUGUAUCAAAUGUAUCAUAUUUA